AUGGCGAACCCAUUUAUUCCGGAUGAAAUCCUGCUCGACAUUUUCUCCCGGCUCCCGGCAAAAUCCGUCGUCAGAUACAGGAGCUUAUCGAAAAAAUGGCGCACUGUUCUCUCCACUAAACACUUCGUCGAACUCCACCUUGCUCGAAAUCCCCACCAAGAAAGCUUCAUUUUCAUCUCCAGUGAACAUCUCACAGUCCACUCAAUCGACAAGAUCGAAGGCGCCGCCGCCGCCGUUUCAAGAAAGAUCGAACUGCCAAAUAAAUGUCUGAGAGUUGUGGGUUCUUGUGACGGAUUGGUUUUGUUGCGAAAUGACGAAGGCGGAAUCUUUCUGCUAAAUCCCGUUACCCUUCAGUUCGCAAGUGUACUACCGGCGUCCCCGAGGCAGGCAUUGAUUCACUUCAAAUUCGGUUUCGGGUACGAUAGCUCCGUCGACGAUUACAAGAUUUUCCGGUACUACGUUCGUGAUCUAGUUAUUCCCGGUGUGUUUUUGGAUGUGUAUUCCGUCAGAGGGGGUUUCUGGAAAAGUGUCGAGAAUCCGGCUUACAUUCCCAAUCAUUUCGAAAUCGGUCAUGGUGCUUUCUUGAAUGGGGCAAUCCAUUGGUUGGCUAAGAAACCUAUCGAAUUAGACUAUCGAAUAGCUGCUUUCGAUUUCGCCCGUGAGGUGUUCGAUGAAAUUCUUCUUCCAAUUGGCAUCGACGAGGAUGGAUUUGUAUUAAGAUAUAAGCUUGUGGUUUUCGACGGUUGUCUUUGUCUAGUUGAAUAUAAAAUGAAUUCGGGGACUGAUGUUUGGAUCAUGAAGGACUACGGGGUGGCGGAAUCUUGGACCAAGUACGAUUUUCGUGGUGAAUUAACACCGUUGUGUUAUAUUCACAAAGGGGAAGAUGUGUUGGUUAGUAAAUCGGGAAGUUUGCAUUUUUACAAUUUGAAAGAGCGGAAGUCGAGAGGCGUUGUUGUUGAUGGCGGUGCAGUUAUGUUAAGGGAGGGAUGCAUGUUCGCGGGGAGCAUCGUCUCGCCUUUUGCCGAUAACUAA